UAAACAUUUCAAAGGUGUAUGAAUUGACUUCCCUUCAGUAUUUUUAAGUACCUUAUAAGGUGACUUCAUAGUUUUUCAGCUUAUGGCGCCCAACGUGGGGCAACGACGAAGGAAGUUGGAUUUUCGCUAUGCAGAAUCCCAUUAGUUGGUGAAAGUAGUCGGGAUCCAUUGUGUGAACUGAAAUUUAUUUCCUUUCAGAUUUAUUACUUUAAUAUUAAUUUUUUCCUUUCUAGGAUCAUUACAUUAAUAUUUUUUCCUUUCUAGGAUUAUUUCUUGUAUAAUUUAACAAUGUCUGCUUUAUCUGUGCUUAUUGGACAAAGGAAAGUCAUCCGCAAAAAGGUGACUGAAUAUUAUAACAGGUCCUCCACAUUCAAUACUCUUAGCCAGGAAGAAAAAUUAUCUAUCAAAGGUAUUCUGGUAAAUUAUAAGAAUAAGUUAACUGACUUGGACACUGAGAUUUUGGAUAAGAAAUUUCCAGGGGAUUCUGAUAGUACAGAUUUAGAGAUGGAAUUAUCAUUAUGUCAGGAUUAUAUAGAUAAGAUUGAAACCUGUUUACCUCUCCUAGAUAUUUCCUCGAGUAUCCUUAGCUCUAGUAAUGUUAGCGAUGUAGCCAGAAGUUUACUUAAACAACCUGUGGCACCUCUUCCCAAGUUUCGUAGUGUAGAAGGUGAAGAUUUUUUGAAGUUCAUCACAGAAUUUGAGGGAACUACUAAAGCUUUUAACUAUCCCGAUAGGGAUUUGCUUUUGUUACUUAAACAACAAGUUGAGGGUAGAGGAAAGGUUUUGUUAGGUUCCUUAGAAGCGGAUAAGCAGCAUUACGCUGAUGCCAAAGAAUUGCUAAUUUCAGCAUUUGCAUCAACCGAUAUUCGGAAGAAUUCAGCCAUUAAGAAAAUUACUGCUUUGCAUUUGAAAGAUGGUGAAGACCCCUUUCUCUUUAUUUCCGAACUCAGAACGGUAUGUGAAUCAGUGAAGACUUUGAAUAUUAGCGUUGAGGAGUUCAUUAGGUAUUUUGCUUGGUAUGGGCUGAAUGAUAGUUUCCAGCGCCAUUUAAUUCAGAUUACAGGCAAGACUCACCCUGCCCUGAAUGAUAUAAAGACAAACUUUUUUACAGCAUGUGAGAGAUACGAGAACGACAAAAAGGUCGCUAAAGGUACAAAGAGUAAAAUCUCGCAGAAUGUACAGGAAUAUAAGGACUUUUCUCGAAAAGAAAAAGCGGUAAAUUUAGCUGUAGAGGCAGUAACUAGUGAUUCAGAUUCCAGGUCUUCACCCAGCUGUUCUUUGUGUCUUAAAGUUGGUAACGCUAAUAAUUCUCAUUUUAUUUAUGAAUGUUCAAAGUUCCCUUCCCCUACCAAUAAGGUGCAAAUUUUAAAAUCUAAACACGGUUGUGUUAAGUGUGGUCAGUUUAGUCAUGAAUCUAACAACUGUCAUUUCAGAUUUAGAAGACGUUGUUUUAAUUGCCGUGGUUGGCAUAUGAGUUAUCUUUGCGAGUCUGAGCCCUCCAAAGGCAGCAGAUCUAAACAAUCUGAUAAAGUAAAUUUUGAAACUCCACAAAAAGUAAACAGCGGUGUGGCCGUUUUGUUGCACUCGUAUGGAAACUCGGUGUUACCCACGUUUUCUUUCAGUAUUGGCAGCGACAUUUACAGAGGUCUAAGGGACAGUGGCUCACAAAGCACCUUCAUCACUAGUAGGUUAGCUGAGGAGAAAAACCUUAAAACUAUCAAUUCGGAUGUUAGACUUACGGUGAGUGGAUUUAAUGGGAAUAAAGAAUAUUAUACUAAAAUUGUAGAAGUGCCUGUGAAAAUAGGUAGUUUGUCCUUUAUAAUUUUUGGCUUAGUUGUACCUGAUAUUAGUAUUGCUUUAAAAUUGCCUUUGCUUGGUAAAGUAAUUGAAAGUUUUCAAAACCAGGGUAUGAUGUUUGCUGAUAAGUUGUUAAAUAAACACACUCGCACCAUUGAUAAUGUUAACCUCUUGUUUGGUACAGACUUUUUACAUUGUUUAGCAGGUACCGACGUAAUUUUUGGUGACGUUGAUCCUUCGGUAUACAUAGAUUCUCAUGCUGGCAUUUUAUUGCAGGGUAAUGUCGAUUUGAUGUUGAACAACGUAACCUGCCUAAAUGUAAACCCAGGAGUUUUGAAUUCUGUACCUGACGGUAAUGUUCGUUCGGUUUCUACGGUGCAUGUUGGUAGUAGCUCGUUGUUAUUAAACACGAGAAUAGAUUUUCUGUCUGAUGGUGACCAGGACAACGGGUUUGAAGUAAACUGUUCCUUUUCAGUUAUCAAUGAUAAAGGUAAAUCCUCACGUCCCCGCAGGAAAGCUGCAGAAACCAGUGAGGCGAGGACAAGACAAAUGCUUCACUAAUUCAUUUUUUGUUUUUAAUUUUAAAUUUUACUGUAUGUCCAUGCAUAUUUUGUACAUUUAUUAGUGGAUGAAAAUUUUUUCUUUGGAAAAAGUUUCCAUCUUCUCCCCAGGACUAUACAGAAUAAAUAAAUUUUUAAUGUACUUGCCUACAGCGGCAGGAAGGAUUCGUAAAUAUGGAAUUUUAGUAUUACCAAAAUAAGUAAAAUAAGUACUUGGUACCGCUUACAGUCCUUCCUGCUGCCAUAGUUAUGAUCAGCAAAUUGUUGACUCCUCCUCUUUUUGUUGUUUACGAGGAAACUUCGAGAUCGGUGAAUGCGUGAGAAGUCAGUACUAGCAGUCCAAGCAGUCUCAGCAGUCGAGGCAGUUCUGCCAGUCCGGUCAGUCCGGGCGGUCCUGUCAGAGCAUUAGGGCAGUGAGCUAUCCUGUAGGACCCACCACAUACCCGUAUGCCAUUGAGCCCGUCUUCCAUCGUCAGAGUGAGCCUGUCUUCCUGGAGGAUGUCUUGGACGAGGCUCUGAGAAUGUUAUUAAGAAUCAAGGGUCCCUCAAGAGGCAUUUGUGAAGUAUUCCCUUGGUUCCAUAAUUUGGACGGCGUAAUUGGUGGCCACCUGGAUGUGCUCUGCCUCCUACGACUGAUUUGUUCAUCAUCGUCUCGACUUUGAUUCACCUUAGUGGAUGAUUUGUGGAGAAAAGUCACGUUCUCCUAAGCAUUGACUUCAAUCCCUUCUUGCUCGGAUGGACUACGGUGAGUACCAAGUAUUUUUUGGGGCAAAUGCUGAAUGGUAAUCGUAACAAUCUCUUUGAGCCUUUGUCGCUGCCUAUUAAAGUCCUUCCUACCUGCCAUCGGUAGAGUACGGAUAUUCACGAAUGUUUAAUAGUUAUAAAGGAUUUCUCUUGUCCUUACAGUGGUUUCGCAACUCUACUGAAGGUUGUUCAUGGGUUUAUUGUACAUAGUGGUAAGCUACUAUUUGUUAUUUCUGGAUAAGUCAACAUAAAAUUGCAAGAAUCUCCUUUAAUGCAAACUUACACGGAUAUUAUAUUAUUUCAGGAUAGGAUUAUCCAGCCUUGAUUUGGUUGUCAUACUUGGUUUUUCUUGUCUUGACCUACUUACAGUAAGGUAACAGUUUGCAUAUUCCUAUGUAUAAGUGCUUCUUGCCAUAUUAUUCUUACCUAUAUAAUUUAAAUUAAUUCUUAGGCUUCACCACUAACGUGCAAUUUCUGUAUUUCCCAUCCAGGUAUGGAGGAGAAGCUGAUUAUUGAAGAGGAAGAGCCCUGUGUCAUGCACUUGACACAUUUGCAAUAAAUAAUAAAUUUAAACAUUUCAAAGGUGUAUGAAUUGACUUCCCUUCAGUAUUUUUAAGUACCUUAUAAGGUGACUUCAUAGUUUUUCAGCUUAUGUUGCAUGCGUAAGGGUAAUAGGCGUAGUACUCUCGGCUUUGUGAAUAAUAGGUUCUCUCGCUCUGUGAGAGCGUGAAAAUGAUAUAUAACGAACUCCCUUGUCUGUAUUUGAACUAAUAAUGUUAGUUUAAUAUGAUGCA